AUUGUUCAAUUGUUGAGGUCAACAAUUCAGUCGCAAAUUCGCAAACGAUCCAUCUAGACGUGGGAAAAAGUUUCUAAACGAUUAGAGAAUAAUAAUUUAUAUCAGAUUUAAGUUUGACCUUGUGAAUCCAAUCUCAUAAAGAAAAUGCACGUUUUUGAGUUUAGAAAUUUGAGAGAUGAUUCUUACAGAUGCGAAUUGUGCGGCCAGAAGUUUAAUACGCAAUCAGCGUUACAACAACACAUUAAUAAAGCACAUACACCCCGAAGUAACGGUGCUGGUUCAAGUGAAACAUUUAAAAACGAAGAGAAUUUGAUAAACGUGUUGAAUGAUUUGCGUUACAAAUGCCGAUAUUGCGGUAGGUCGUUUAAAACGGAAUCAGAGUUAGCAGAUCACAUUAAGACAUGGCAUACACACCGAGGUAGUAAUGCUGGUUCAAAUGGAUCAUUUAAAUACGAAAAGUACGGGACAACAUGCGGAGAACUUUUUAAAGUAGAUCAGAACAUUAUUCUCUCUGAUUGCACUUCUUGCGAAAUGUUUUUAAUAUUUGAACAAUUACAACGAUAUCUAGAAAAAUCUAUAGAAUUAAAAUCAGUAAAGAAAACUUAUGAAGAAUGCUUCAAAAUUUUAAAAAAAAGUAAAGGUGAGGAAGAUAUAAAAGGUCAAAGUCCUGAAAACAAACAGAACAAUGAAGCAGAACAAAAGCAAGAUUCGGCAGGUCAUCAGGAAUUUUCUCCUGCAAGUGCAGAAAAAUUUUUCAAUUCAAAAAUCGAAGAUUUCAGAUUGAGAUUGAGAUUGGAAAAUCUUCAAAAUUAAUUAUAAUUAUUAUAUUUGGCCUUUUCUCGCAAAAUUAUCUCAGCUGCUCAAAUUUAAUUAAUUUUAAAUGAGAUAGAAACAUUUUCUAAAUUCAAAAUUGUACAUGUUUAUCAAUGAAA